GUCAAUAGUUUUCAAGUUUUCACAAUGUUUGGUUAGAAAAAUUAUAAUGGACUAAACGAUUUAAAAUUUGUAUCCCAAGUAAAGACUAGAACAAUGUUUAGAAAAGGACUAUUUCGAAUAUUUCAAACUGCUUAUAAAACAAAUAGCAAGAGAAAUAUUGUAAAAAUACGGAAUGUAACACCGAUAACUUUAGGGCUUGUAACUACCGCUUUUUGCGACGAUAAGUCUAAAGAAUUUGAAUUAUCUUGGGAUGCAGAUAGCUUAGAACAUGACUUUCUUAUUCGACAAGCUACCACUAUUAACGUCAACGCUGCAACACAAUUGCUUACUGUUACUUUAGUUGCUAUUCAAGACACUAGCGAAAGAUUAAGAGAAGCUUUGACUUCAGAGAUUUGUUUAGUAAAACAAGCUCUUGAGUGGGGAGACAAUGGUACUCCACCGCAUCAUUGGGAUCAGUUAGUAGCUGUCCGUGGCUCCUUAUGUGAUCUUAAACACAACCUACGAACACUUUUUAGUUAUAUGGACUAUGCAGAAAAAUUAGCAACUACUGCUGCAGAAAUAUCAUACUUAUCGGGGAACAUAGUAGCUUCUGAUGCUAUAUGUGAAAGAAUUGAUCAUGCAUGCAGAGCUUGUAACACUCAAAAACAAUUAACACAUGAGUUGCAGCAAGAGAGCUUGGAGUUACAGCAGCAGGCCAUUAUAAGUGCACCCCACCUUGAAGAAAAAUUGAAAACAGAAUCACAAAAUGAUAAAAAUAAAAAUUUAAAAGAAUAAAAUAUUUGACUAACAAUUACAAUAGAGUUCAAAUAGAUAAAUUCAUGUAAAUAUGAGUGAUAUUAGACAAUAAGAAUAUAGGCACCUACAAUAAUA